AUGAUAACUUUGUAUGUAGAUAAUGGUGUAGCGUAUGUUUGGAAUGUUGAUGAUUGGCAUUCGCUUCGCACAAAAAAUCGGAUAUGUGGUUCUCUUAUUGGUUCAAUUCCGUCUUUUCCCAGACAAAAUGAUUUUCAAGGUUUACCAAUGGCAUUAAUGUCUGAAGAAGCAGCUUUGUUAGUUGAACUAGGCAUUUGUAAUUUAUGUGUCACAGAAAAUAUUAAUGAAGAACCAUCUGAUGGAGAAAAGCAAUUCAUUAAAAGCCUUGAACAAAAGAUACUACAGCAGCAAGCCGAAGCGUUUAAAAAGAAAAAGAUUGAACAAAUAUCACAAAAAAUUGAUAUUAUUCUAGCAGGCAAGAAGCAAAAGUUAUUACUGAAAGGAGUCACAGAUGUUAAUUUGGACAAACAAACAUUGCUACAAGAGGAAAUAAAUAAAAUUCCGAACUUAGUACCAUCACAAUCAUUAGUGCAUCUACCUACUGGACAUUAUAGAGAAACAGUGACCAGGAUGGUAACUAUUGAUAUCUUACAACCUAGUGUCGUGGAUCAAAAAGGUAGUACGCGUUACCAAAUUUUUAAGGAUCUAUGGUAUAAGGGCCAUUAUAUAACGUGUGGAUCGAAAUUUGGGUGUGACUAUUUAUUAUACCCAGGCGAUCCCCCUGGCUGCACACGGGCCACCGACCACAAACCACAAGACUCCGUCAAC